CAGCAGAGCCAUGGCUGAAGAGCAGCGGGACCUCAUCUCCGACCGCAGCAGCGGCGUGCUCAAUGUCGGGGACGCCCAGAGGUCCGCGCUGGGCCGCAAAGCCGCCCUCUCCAUGCUCUCCAUCUUGGUGGCCCUGCUGAUCGCCGGCCAGGCUGUCACCGUCUACUUUGUCUACCAGCAGAACGGGCAGAUCAGCAAGCUGACCAAGACCUCCCAGACCCUGCAGCUGGAGGCACUGCAGAGGAAACUGCCCGCCAGUGCCAAGCCGGUGAGACAGAUGAAGAUGGCCAUGGUGAACACGCCCGUGGCCAUGCGGGUCCUGCCUCUUGCCCCCUCUGUAGGCAACACGGACAUGGCCCCCGCUAGCAACAAAACCGAGGACCAAGUGAAGCACCUGCUGCUGCAAGCAGACCCCAGGAAGACGUUCCCGGAUCUGAAGGACAACCUGAUGGACAACCUGAAGAGCCUGAAGAACACCAUGACUGAUACGGACUGGAAGUCCUUUGAAUCCUGGAUGCACAAGUGGCUGCUGUUUGAAAUGGCCAAGAACCCCAACCCAGAGGAGCGUAAGGCGAUCCCAGCGGAGAAAGUGCAAACUAAGUGCCAGGCGGAGGCCAAUUCUGGGGGUGUCCAGCUGGGUCACUUCCACCCACAGUGCGAUGAGAACGGCGACUACCUGCCCAAGCAGUGCAAUGCCGCCACGGGCUACUGCUGGUGCUCCUACAAAAAUGGCACCAGGAUUGAGGGCACUGCUACUCGGGAAAAGCUGGACUGCCCUGGUACUGCUGUGGCUGCCACCACGGAGCCGGAGGAGAUGACCUCCAGGGUGGACGUGGCCUAGCUGGGUGCAGAGAAAGCCAAGUAGAAGAGGAUGCCAGCGGAUGCCUGUCCCCUCUUCAGCAUCCCAGCUCACGUUUUUUUUUUUUUUUUUGCUCUAUUUCAUUUCUGCUCUUACAUUGCUUUUCCAAGGCGAUUAACAGUGGGCACCCCUGCGCACCCCUGCCCCUCAAUGCAUCGAUUGUGACCCUUCCCCUGCUGCAGGGCACCAGACAGGGCUGAGCUGCCACCAGGAUCAGGGCUAGAGGCAAAGUGUUCCCUCAGAGGGUGGGUAAAGCAGGCUGGAAAAUUAUUUCAACGAUGUCAGACCCAUAAGUCCUGUUCCCUUUUGCUCAUCAGCACCCCACAGCACCCAGGCAGCGGCAGGCGCAGAGCUCACCCCUGCUGAAGAACGAGCCACUAAUGCUUUCUUACACUGAAUGAACAUUAAAAGCAGCAAAACCACCUCUCCCAGCUUCUUAACUGACCCCCGUAGGAUGGAGCCCUGUUAGAUUACUAGAGUAGAGGGGUUUUAUUGCAGAGUGCUCAGUUUUGUAGAUAGAUGUUCACCUUUUGCCUUCAGGCUGAAGAACAGCGGCAGCAGUGGGUAACAGUGGGCAGAGGGGCUGAUACUGGAGGCAGAGGGGCUUCUAAUUUUUCUGAAUAUAUCUGAUAGUUCCUUUAUAAAUGACCUCACAAGCUAAUUAUUUCAAAUAAACUUUUGAAUAAGAAAGC